UUUCCUAGCAACCAACGCUUUCCGCAAAUAAUGGCAAAAUUUGUGCUCGCUGGGAAAACGGACUGCCCUCUUUAUGCCAAAGCGGAACUAUUAGCAGACCAUCUGCAGGGAUGUCUGCCAAACUUCAGGGUCCAUAAGAUCUCGAUUCUCCCAGAUGAGUGGAAGGAAUGGCUGGAUGUCACCUGCAAAAGAAACGGGUGGAAACACGAGCAGUCUCCUUUGGUUUGGAGGGAACUGGUCUACCAGGGAGGCAAAGGGAUGCUCUUAGGAGGUUUCAGUGACUUCGUAGAGCAUUGCCAGGACUACUAUGGCAUCACAUCAGACAUGCCCACAGAUAUGAUGAUGAGUAUUGCAGCAGAGAACCUGAAGACCAAGAUGGACCUUAUUGUGGAAGAGCAGCACUUUGCCAGUCUUAUUCAACCCUUUCAUAUCUGGAUCAGUGGUGCUCUCAGCCCAACGUGCCACAUCCUGAUCCCUAAUCUACUUUCUGGGGAGGUGUUCCCUCAUGUUUCUGCAAUCAGUCUCCACCUACUGGAGCUGCAGGGGAGUGUGGAGGAACUACAGGGGCUGAGGAUGGAGAUAGAGGACCUUGCACCCAGUUUGCUCCAUCAGGUGACGGUCCACACAGAUCUGGAUGAAGCUUUCCGAGAAGCGGACGUCAUCCUCCUGAUGGACGAUCACUGGACUGAUGAAAGAGAGGAUGACGGUGAUGAAGAAAAGAAGAGGAAACUGACGGAGCGAUACAGAGAGUACGGACAGCUGAUCGACACGAGAGGCAACAAGACGGUGAAGGUGAUCGUGUCCGGCAGCUCAUUCGUCAACCUGAGAUGCUCGCUUCUUGCGGACGGUGCACGCUCCAUUGACAGCCAACAGUUCGUCGCCAUGGCAACGCAGCUGGAGAAUAAAGCCAGGGCCGUAAUUGCAAAGAAGCUGAAAGUGCGACCAUCAGAUGUUACAGAUGUCAUUGUGUGGGGAAACAUCAGCGGUGAUUUCUACGUUGACCUGCAGAGGGCGAAGGUUUUCAACUACGACGGGGCGAUUAAAGGACCAGCUUUCUAUUCUCAACCAGUCCUGAAGAUUUGUCAUGACAGGAAAUGGCUGGAAAAAGACUUUCAACACUUGGUACGUUGUCAACGUGAAACCGCGGCUUCAAAGACCGGCCGAGCUGCCGCCAUGCUUUCCGCUAACGGGAUCCUCAGCGUCCUGAGGGCAUGGAAUGGCGUCUGUGAUCCAGAUGAGGUCCUGUCUGUGGGCGUAUGCUGCCCAGGUCACUACAGUCUCCCAGAUGGUAUCGUCAUGGCGGUCCCGGUCAGGUUCAUCGACGGUAAAUGGUCUGCGGUGUCUGAUGUGACUGUUGGAGACGAGCUGAACAAAACACUUCAGCUUCUUUCAAGCAAACUGAGGCAGGAAAAAGAACUUGGACCAGAAAACUGCACAGUUGUCAUCAAUAACAGUGUUUGAAAAAUGGUUAAAGAAAUAAAAAGUUCCACACACCAAACGA